AGAGAGAGAGGGCAGUGUGUACUGUGUAGAGAGACCGUGGCCGUGGAUUAGUUGCGAACUAGACCGCGGAGCGAUAGGAUCUCUCUGUAGUCUCGCUCUCUCAGUGACGUCAUUCACAGAUGAGGAGUCUGCAGCGAAAGAAUAUCGGACCCGUUGACAGUGUAUAGUGCAUAUUGUGUGAAAGAAACGAUAGCGUUCACUAGCUGCGGUUUCGUUUCACAAUAUUAACAAAAACCAGAAAUUGAGAGGGCGAAAAAAUGGUUGUUUUGCAGCCCAUAAAACCCGGUCCGCCCAGAGUCAGUCUUAGCCUUAAGCGCGGGCGGGGGGCACGAAGGGCGUUGUCUCUACUCGGAAACAACGACUCUCGGCAAAAUCUGCAGUUGGCCGAGUCCUUGCUGACGAUCUCGGCUGAGGAGUUCACGCAAAAGUGGAAUUUCGAUCCCAUUCAGGGAGUGCCGCUGCCCACAGGCCGAUUCCACUGGAAACCAGUAUCUCCUUCGGCCUCUCCUGACCCGCCCACUGCCACCGCCGCUACUGCAAGUACCCAAUCGGAAGCAGCCACGUCCAAAACAACAUGGGCUGGUGACCUCGGGUCAUCACCGCAACCUCCCCACCCAGCCGACGACAACGGUAAAGUGCAAAUGACUUGCGCUACCUUGCCCUCUUCCUCGUCGAAUGCCUCAGGUCAGGAGGUCACCCAGGGUCAGUCGACAGGUGCAAGUAGUGGUAGCGUUCACCUCCACAGCAAGUCAGCGGAAGUGGGAAUGGUGAAGAGUGACGCAGAGGGUCACCUUAGCAGUUCGAAGACCUGUGCAUGCCCCAAGGAUAGCGAAAAGAGCGAACACGUAGACAGAGCGUCCUCAGAAGCCGUCAAAACGGAGGGAGACAGCGGCAUAGACAGUGACGAGUCAGCGGUAGACGAACAAGAUUCAUCGUCACUACAAACGAAUGACGGCAGUCAAAUCAACAGCCUCCGACAGACACACAUUACAGAAUUCGUGAGGCCUAGAAAGCUCGCUCAUUUCAAGAUGGCGGAACCUCAGCCUGCUGCGAGCGGUGGCGGUUGCUCCAAGAAGCGUCCAGCCUCCGCCCUGCAGGACCACCAGCUCAGUCAGCCUCCUCACAAGAAGGUCCUCCUUCACCUCAGGGCCUGAGCGGCCGAGGAAGAUGAAGAUGCCACCAGCCCCCUUGGAGUGGGGAAACCCGCAUCUCUCAAGGGGAGAGCCACGUCCACGAUGAGGCAAUAAGUUAUUAUUAUGAUUAUUUAUAGAUGUUGUUAUCAGUUUUAUCAUUUAAUUCAUAUUUUGGUUUACAUUCUAUGACAGUGAAGACGCUACCAUGAAUGUCAUUUUUCGUCAUUUUGUAUAUUUCAUUAUUAUAGUCAUUAUUAGCUUUAAAUUCGUACUCUUUCCAUAAAAACUGUUAACUUCUUAUUUUGUUUUUAGUUAGUCUGUUUGCUGAGUUACAGAUGAAUAUCGAAAGUAUAACAAAAUCUCUUUAAAGCAAAAACUUAAUCUUUGAAAUCAUGAAGCCGAAUUAUUCGUUGUGGUAGUGAUCAAAAGAAGAAAAUGUUGGUUAACUUUAGCAAUCAUGAAUCCCACAGUUCAUGAUAUUGUAUGUAAUUAUUUUUUCCUUUUGGUGUAUACAGGAAAAGGCCUGUGUGUAUGCAAGCACGCUGUCUCAGUAAAACUAGUCAAUGUUUACUUGAACAGAAAUAAAUCUCUGUGUUAUCUUUUUUUCAUGUGAAUUUUAGGCACAGCUUUAUGUUAUUAAUAGUAUUUGUUUGUUGAGAAAGAGAGAGAGGGAUUAUUAUAACCAUACUAGUCAGUUGAAGUUGGCAGUGUGGGUCUCAAGGUUUUGUGAAGCUAUGCUAUGCUUACAUCAAUAGCAUUUAAGGGGUUAUUUGACCAUUUUGUUCUGUAAAAUAAGAUUAGUAUUUUUGUAAUAUCCUCAGAAGUCCGUCUUAUUUUUUUUCUUUAUUUUAUUUAUUUACUUUUUUUUAUUAUACUCACUGUUACUGCAGAAAUGCAUGUUUUCAUUUCGCACGCAGGUCAAAAUCUAUUCGACUUAUGUCGGCUAGUUUUCGCAAAAUAUUGACGUGAGUCAUUUCCAAUUCUGUUCCAGCUCAAAACAAGAACAUUUGCUUGAAUGCGUGCUUGAAAAAUUUACAUCUUGGAUAGCGAUUUGCAAAGUUCUUUCUAGAUUUUUCGUGACGAAUUAUUUAAUAGAGCUAGAAUUUGCUUUGAUUAAAAAAUGACGUGAUCAACGUCUUCCUAGAGGUGACUUGACAAGGCAUUACAGAAGUAUGUAAAGUUCGUUGUGGAAGCACUUUUUCAAAAUUAAGAAUUAGCCUCUGUUUUUUUUUUUUUUUUUUUUUUUUUUUUUUUUGUAGAAGGCUUGAUAUGUUCUUUUAAAAGGCAAUUGGACAAGACUGUGGAACUAGCCUAUCAAGUAAGUUACAGAAGUAAGUGGUCAAAGUCUGUACAGAAGUGGUUCGUCAAGUUGAAGAGACAUUAUCGAAAUAUCAAAUUGUUAGUUGAAAGCUAAAGUGUGGAUUAUUUGCAUGACGUGUCACUUUAUUAUACAUACAGCUACCUCUGUUAUUUUAUUUUUAUUUAGAUUAUUGUACUAAAUCAAUUUCUGUAAAGCUUAAAGAGAGUUCUGAACUGAUAUUUAUGUUUGUAUGUAUGUAUAUUAUGUAAUUAACCGUUUCCACUGUGUAUUUAUUCGUUCUUGGUGUAUGAUGGCUUUAUUUGUAGUCUGUAAAUGUGCUGCCUUGCUGUCGUUCUGGACUGAUAACUCGACAAGUUAUUUAACUUUCACUCUACUUUCAAUAGUCAUUUUAUUUUAUAUUUUGGGAUUCAGUUCUAUUUCAUUUUCUGACACUGCUUGAGAAUCGAUUUCCCGAAAUCGAAUUCUCACACUAGACUUUGAAAUCUCAGGGUAAUUUUUGCUUCAAAUCAGUUUCCACUCAGCCUGAAUGUACCUAUCCUGUGCGAAAGUAAUGUAGUCCUCCAUCACUCGUCGAAAAUCCGGAAUGUGACAGAAAGGCGCGCGAAAUCUGGUGAUCCAUUUCGCUCAGAAAGAAAUCUGGGCGUGACUAUGAUCCUGAUUGUGUUCAUUUACUGAUCUCACACUUUUGAAGUUUUAGUUUGUUCCUUGUCUGUUUGGUGGUUAUAUUUAUUUUCAGUGAUUUUCUCAACAGUAAUCUUUCUUAUAUGUAUAUUUUAUGGGUAAUUUAUAGUUGUUUCUCAUUUCCAUUGUGUUAUUUUAAGUGAUUUUCUCUCCAAUAAUAUUUCGAGUUUUCCUUGUAUUUAAUUUUUAUUUAUAUCUUUUUUACUUAUUUUCAUUAAUACAGUUUCAUUAAUGUAUUCUGAUGAUCUAGUCUCUAUAUUUAAUGUUAUUUAAAACAUGUUUUGCUUAGGGUUCAGCUUUAAUUAAUUUAAUUUUGUACAGACACAAUAUAGUUUAAGAAUGUA